UCAAGCACAAAAUAAAAAUAAAAAAAGGAAAAAAAAGGAAGAAUUUCGAAGCAAGAAAAAAGGCGCGAAGAUCAGAUUAGGCCCAAAAGAGGGAUUUUUUGUUUCAGGAGCUCUCCCUCACCCAUUUUCCGACCACCACAAAGGAGAUUCCCAAAACUCUAGAGAGAGAGAGAGAGAGACAGAGAGAGACAGAGAAGCGCAAUGGAGAGAAUUCACGUAACCCUUCGCACUCGCCCUCUCUCCUCAGAGGACGCCAACUCCAGUCCGUGGCGUAUCUCCGCCAACUCCAUUUUCAUCCCUAAUCACUCAUCCAAGUUUGAAUUCGAUCGGAUUUUCUGCGAAGAUUCUAAGACCCAAGCAGUUUACGAAGCUCGCACGAAAGAAAUCGUUGCCGCAGCGGUUCAGGGCAGGUUUCCUUUGAUUUAAUUGGCAGGUACUGUUUUUGCUUAUGGGCAGACAAACAGUGGGAAAACUUAUACCAUGAGAGGCUCAGCAACGGAGCCAGGGGUAAUUCCUCUAGCUGUCCGUGAUUUGUUCGACAUAAUUCAGCAGGAUGUAGAUCGGGAAUUUCUUCUGCGAAUGUCCUAUAUGGAGAUAUAUAACGAGGAGAUAAAUGAUUUAUUGGCUCCUGAGCAUCGCAAACUGCAGAUUCAUGAAAGUAUAGAGAGAGGAAUCUAUGUUGCUGGGUUGCGAGAAGAAAUUGUUGCCUCUCCUGAGCAAGUCCUUGGUCUCAUGGAGUUUGGAGAAUCUCAUCGACAUAUUGGAGAGACAAAUAUGAAUGUCCACAGUAGUAGAUCCCAUACUAUUUUCCGAAUGAUAAUUGAGAGUCGAGAUAAAUCAGAAGAUGAAGAUCUUGGUAGCUCUUGUGAUGCCGUUCGUGUUUCAGUGUUGAAUUUGGUUGACCUUGCUGGUUCGGAACGUGCUGCAAAAACUGGCGCAGAAGGUGUUAGGCUCAAAGAGGGUUCCCACAUUAACAAAAGUUUGAUGGCAUUAGGAACAGUCAUUAAAAAAUUAAGUGAAGGUGCUGAGAGUCAAGGGGGUCAUGUGCCGUAUCGAGAUAGCAAGCUUACGCGCAUCCUACAACCUGCUCUUGGUGGAAAUGCAAAUACGGCUAUAAUAUGCAAUAUCACACUUGCACAGAUUCAUGUAGAUGAGACUAAAAGCAGUCUACAAUUUGCAAGUAGAGCUUUACGCGUUAAAAACUGUGCUCAUGUCAAUGAGAUUUUAACGGAUGCAGCUUUGCUAAAGCGACAAAAGAAGGAGAUUGAGGAGCUUCGAGCCAAAUUACAGGGUUCUCAUUCGGAACAUUGGGAAGAGGAGAUCCUCAAUUUGCGAAAUACAUUAUUACAGACUGAGCUGGAAAGAGAGCGCAUAGCUUUGGAGUUGGAGGAGGAAAGAAAAGCCCAAGCUGAAUGGGAGAAGAUGGUGCAAAAGCAAGCCAAGAAAAUUGAGAAUUUGAGUUCAAUCGUUUUGUGUUCAAAUAGGGAUGAAAAUCGAGAUCGUGUUCGCAAGCUGCAGGACAAGAGGCGGGAUACAUGGUGUGCUGGUAAUCUUUCACGGGAGAUUCAUGGAGAGGUAAAUUCCUCCAUGCAAUAUGAGGCUUCUGCUAUAAAACCCACAAGAACAAAGCGUGAUAUGGGACCACUUCUUCCUUUUGAAGAACUCAUGAGCAGCAUUCCUGAGGAAGAAACCUGCAAACAGGAUGAAGAAUGUCAAAGGAAUGCAUCUGAGGAAUAUAAACUUCCUGAUCCAUGUGCUCUAUUGCAUAUAACAAACAGGAGAAAACUGCCACACAAAAAGAAAAGCUCAUCCACUGACAACGAAUUAGCAGAUAUACAAGUAGAAUAUGAAGAUUUGCUAAUGAGAUUUGAAACGGUUAGAAUUGAGAGUGAGAUAAAAAUUGAUUGCUUGACAAGAAAACUUGCUGAGGUUGGUGCUAAUAAGGAAUGUUCAGCAUGUUGUUUCAAUAAAGUUACGAUUAAUGGGGACGGGAAUGUCGAUUCAAAUGAGCCAGAGGCUAAUCAAGUGAUCAAAAGUCUUAAAGAACAGAUUAAGAUGUUGGAACUGGAGAAGGCUUCAAGCCAGCAAAAUCUGGCCAGUGAUGUUGAGCCGGAAACAGAGCAAAGCAUGUGCGUCGGCUCCCAAGAGAAGUUUGAAGAGGAGGAAAAUUCUGCUUUUGUGAACAAGCUGUUUAGUGAGGUCCAAGAUGUGAUUUUUGAAGUUCAGGACUCAAAAGUUGUUAUUGAGAGUAUGACUUCAAUUCUGGAUGAGGUCUCCAAGACUUUUUCUGCCCUAAUUGAGACGUUCCUUGAUUUCAAGGCUUUGAUGCGUCAGAGUAAUCUUCAAGAAAAGUCAAUUAUUAGUAAUUAUGAGAAGCUAAACUCUUGCUUGAUGCAGAAAGUUUCUAAUCUUGAGAAUGAGAAGUCUCUUUUGCAUGGGCAAUCAGUUGAUCUCCAGAACCAAAUUGAAGAACUUAAACUACAAGCUCAAAACUCUGAGAAUUCUUUGAGAACACUUUUGGAAGAACAAGAUUUAGAAAAGGAAGAAUACCUUUCUUAUAUUCAAAGCCUCGAAAGGGAAAUAUCAAGUUUUUCAUCAUGUUCCUUGGCAAAGGAGAAGGAAACAUUGAGAAAAGAUCUUGAGAAAACAAAACUGAAGCUGAAAGAUAGAGAGUUUAAGCUUAAGAAUGUAAUGCAGGAGAAAACCAAACUUGAGGGUGAGAACGCAUUUGCAGAAAGAGAAAUAAAACGUUUGAACGGUCAGAAUUCUCUUCUUGAGCGUGAGUCAUUUGCUGGUAGAAGGCGUGAGUCAUUUGCUGGUAGAAGGCGUGAUUCAGUUAUAGAUAAUAAUUCAAAGAUGUGUGACCCAAAAAAGUCAAAAGGACUAAUUGGUUCUUUUGAUGAGACAAUACAGGAGGAGUACAAAAAGAUGGAAGUGUAUGCAUUUGAAAUGGAAACAAAAAUUGCUUCUCUAGAAGAUCAGUUAUUAGCUGUAUGCCGAGAAAAAGAAGAGACUUUUUCUAGAAGUGAAUAUUUGGCUUCUGAAUUAGAAGUUUUGUCUGAAAAGUUGAAUACUUCGAACUCGGAACUGAAUUUGUUACAGGAAGAGGUUUCAGGCCUUAGGCAGAGGUUGGAAGAUUCUAAAUUGGAGCAGCAACAAAUGGAGACCUCCAUAAAAUUGUUGGUAGAAGAGAAGGAAGAAUUGGCAAUGCAACUUUCAGAUUCCCUUUUGGAAAUGGAGGAGGUAAAGGCCAUAUGGGCUGCAAAGGAGAGGGCUUCUGUUCAAGCCAUAGAAGAGAAAGCUAAGUUAUAUAAUACAGAGAUUGCAUCACUAUCAAAUGAAAUAUCUGAGGUGAGAAAUGAAUUGGAAUCUCGCAGACAAGAAUGUGAGAUGCUAAGGGAAAGAUUGACAUGCUCUGAGGAAGACCUGGAAAAGGAAAAAAGCAGCAUGGAGAAGUUUUUGGGAAUCAAUCAACCGAAAAGUGAUGUAGAUAUUGAGAUUAAACAAUCCCAUGAGGAAGUGGAUAUGCUUCAGAAGGAUCUAAGUUCCCUGAAAAAGGAAAGAGAAGAUUUAUUGAUUCAAAUUAGAGAGUUGCAAACAAGAUCAGAUCUUUCCAAUGAUUUCGAGGAUCAAGUGAACAGCAACAAAGAAAUGGCAAAACAAAGAAUGAGGCUCAGAUGGACGCAGAAAAAGCUAGACGCCUUCCGUGAUCGGUACGCAGAGAUGGUCAAGGAGUCUGAUCAUAUGAACAAGAAGUAUGAAGAGGCUGCUGGGAAGCUUAAGGAACGACUGGCAUCAAAGGGAAUUGAGGUCCUUAACCUCAAGAAACAGCUUCUUGCUGCGAACGGCCAAUGACCAAAAUCUCGUUUGAGGGUUGUUGAAUACUACUAGUUAGCAAUUUCUUAAUUUUUUUCUCUCCUUCCUUUUAAACGACUUUGUAAUUAAUAUUUCAAUU